AUGGCUAAUCAUCAAGGAUGUUUCCCUCAUUUUGGUACCAAUGCUAUUCAUGUUGGGCAAGAACCGGAACAAUGGGAUACAAAUCAGAUUAUUCCACCGAUUUCACUAUCAACAACAUUUAAGCAACCGGAACCAGGAAAACCCAUAAAGCAUGAUUAUUCACGUAGUAGUAAUCCAUCCCGAGAUGUCCUGGAGAAAUGCUUAGCUUCGUUAGAAGAAGGAGAAUAUUGCCGUGUAUAUUCAUCCGGUCUUGCGGCAACAAUGGCAAUCACAAAUGGCCUAAAAUCAGGUGACCAUAUUGUUUGCAGUGACGAUGUUUACGGCGGCACGCAGCGUUAUUUUCGAAAAGUUUCUGUUCCACAGCAUGGCUUAGAAAUUUUAUUUGUUGAUAUGACUGAUUUAAAAGCAUUUAGCCAAGCUUUGAAAAACAAUACAAAAAUGAUAUGGCUUGAAACACCAUCAAAUCCGUUAUUGAAAGUUGUAGAUAUUGCUGCUGUUGUAGAACUUACGAAAACUUUCCGAAAUGAUAUUCUGAUAGUUGUUGAUAAUACUUUUAUGUCACCAUAUUUCCAACGUCCAUUGUCAUUUGGUGCUGAUGUCGUGUUACAUUCAAUAACAAAAUAUAUUAAUGGUCAUUCUGAUGUUGUAAUGGGUGCUGUAAUUACGAAUAAUAAAAUAUUGGAUGAAAGUUUGAAAUUUCAACAACUUGCCGUUGGUGCAAUACCAUCACCGUUUGAUUGCUUUUUGGUGAAUCGUGGAGUAAAAACUUUGCAUGUUAGAAUGCAAGCGCAUAUGGCUAAUGCUAUGCAAAUUGCAACAUUUCUGGAAAGUAAUCCUAGAAUUGAACGAGUCUUUUAUCCUGAACUUCAAUCUCAUCCACAACAUGAGAUUCAUAGGAAACAAACAAAAGGGAUGAGUGGUAUGAUAUCGUUUUAUUUGAGAGGUGGUUUGGAAGAAUCUCAAGAAUUCCUAUCUAGUCUAAAGAUUUUUAUUUUGGCAGAAUCACUUGGUGGUUUUGAGAGUUUAGCAGAAUUACCAGCUGCAAUGACUCAUGCUUCAGUACCGAUAGAAGAUCGAAUUAAAUUGGGUAUUAGGGAUAAUUUAAUUCGAAUAUCAGUGGGAAUCGAAAAUGUUGAAGACUUGAUCGAAGAUCUUGACCAAGCGCUCAAAAAAGCUAUUCCAAAGAUACCAGUUUAA